AUGCCGGACUACUAUAACGAGGAUAAUUCAAUAAAAACAGAGAAUGCUACCGUGAAUGGAAUCAGAAAAUCUUUUGCUGAUGAUGUGGGACUAGAUGUAGCCUCACUUAAAAUCAUUGAGUUGUCCAAAAAGAUUAGAGAGUUGAAUGCUGCGCUUGUUAGUGAACGAAAUAGAUGUAAUAACUUGUGUCAGGUAGUUAGAAAAUUAGAGUCCGAAUCAGUUAGCUUAUCAAACAAGGUUGUUGUUUGUAGUUUAUGUAGGCAGAAUAAAAUAACAGCUCAUGAAAAAAAUGACAACACAUCGGACCGUACAGAGCAAGAGAAGAAAUUAAAGAAAACUGAAUGUGCUGUCUUAGAAUUACGUCAAAAAGUUCAAAUUCUAAACCAUGAUUUACAAUUGGCCAAAAAAGUAGUUGAAGCAGAAACUGGCGAAAUUAUACCAAAUAUAAAUACUUGGCUGACGAAUUUGAAGUCAAGAACAGAAGGAACAGAUGGUGCCUGGCGUGGUCGACAACAACAGAUAAUUGCAUUAAAAAAUAAAAUUGCAAGAUUACAAUCACAGCUUGCUAUGAAAGCGUACCCCCAUAAAGAAGAUUUUCUUUCCAAGGAUAGCAUAGGAAAUGAAACGUUUUCAGGUGCAACUUUGUUUGGUGUUAACUAUUUCCAAGAUGACAGUAAUAAUGGUGAACUUAAAUCACCCAAAAUCUAUGACAUUUCACCUAAACUUAAUCACACGAUUGAAGAGAACGAAACCAGAACAUCCGUUAUGAUUCAGCUUCAAGAUGAAAAGAAGCGUUUAGAAGAAGAUAUUGAUUCUACCAGAAAAAACCUCCAAAAGACAAAGUUACGUGUUCACAACCUGUUACAAGAGCAAAAAGAAUUGAAACAACAAAUCAUGUUUAUAAUACAAAAAGGAAAACACGAUGAUGAAUUAGUUGAAUCACUAGUUCGUCGAACUGAUGACUUACAAAAUGAAUUAAACAGAAUUACUCAAUCAAAUAUAGAAAAAGACAAUGAAAUAGAAAGAAUUAAUCACGAACUAGCAAACCUAGAACAAAGAAAAGAUACAGAAAUUAAAAGACUUGAGGAAAUAAUUGACGAGAAAAAUCAAUUUAUUGAUAACAUGAAUGAACGUCUUGCUGCAAGCAACCAAAUACAGUUGCAUGAACAAGAACAUGAAGGAAUAACCGGCACAAAUGACGGCGGAAUACAAUCUAAUUUACCUGAUUCUUCACAUUAUGAUGAUCUGUCUGACACUUAUCAUAUUAAAAAUCUUACAAUUGAACGUGAUGGAUUGAUAAAGUUAAUAGAAAAUAUGGAAUGUAGAAUCGAAGAACUUAUUCAUGAAAAAAUGCGUCUUGAAAUGCAAAACACUGAACUAACAAAGAAAACCGUCGUAAAACCAUGUUCAAAGAAAACAUUUUCUUCACUAAACGAUAAAACAAUAAAAUCUGAUCAUGACAAAGAGCAAAUAUUGCAGUAUCUGACUCAUGAAAAUUAUUUAAAAGAUUUAAUUUCACAAUGUUCAUUAUCAGCGCAUUCUAUGAAAAUUAUUACUAAAUGUAUACAACAAUUUCAAACUGUUUUAAUUCAAUGUCAAAAUGAGAUAACUAGUUUAAAAGAUAAUCUUAAAUUAACUAUAGAUUAUCGUAGGGAUGAUUUAAAAUUGGUCAUGCAAACAAUUGAAGAGUUAAAACAACAAAAUCUUAGUGAAAACAAAUGAGGAAAGAAACAAACAUACGCCAUUCAAUGAUCAAUAUAUAUACAAGUAAUAAUAGCAUGAAUGUAUAAAUCAUCGAAAAAAA